UGUGGACCCGUUGGAUUUGGACUCAGUCUCUCGAAGACUGUGAAGAUAAUUUUGCUGUUUUGUUUUUUUUUAACAUUCCUUUCUAUUUCCCGUCGGACGCCAUUCCCUUUUAGAGUUUCUUUUCCUUUCUUUUUUUUUUGGGUCACGCGUUUUUACCCACCCUUCAGCUGUGGUUGGAAUUACACAGGGCGUGUGUGGCACCGGGAUCUGGACCCGGAGUUUGUGUUCUGCUGUACUUGUGUGACUCUCUGAGGAAUGACAGCAACUGGGAAAAGACUUGGAUAAAAAAAAAAAACUAAAAAAACAUGGACACUAUGGAUAUUAAAGAGCUGGGGAAUAAGCUGGAGGAGAAGCUGACACUAACAGACAAAUCACUGCCUCUGCAGACAGAGCCUCAGUGUUUGGACAAAGAUGUCCUGACGUCAGACGACUCCGCUGUCACAGACCUCUCUCCCAAAACAGACUACAGCCCCAAAAGUGAGACCCCCCUCCAGACAGAUGCCUCCUCCAAGACAGACGUCAGGCCCUCGACUCCGGGCGACAGCAGCUCCAGCCCACAGCCCAAAAAAGAUUCCAUGAGCUCAGAACAGCGACAGAAACUGGCCAAGGAGCGGAGAGAGGAGCGAGCCAGAUAUAUCGAACAGCAAACUCAGCUGCAAGCGGCAAAGAAAGCCCAGUGGCUGGAGAAGGAGGAGAAGGCCCGUCGUCUGAGGGAGAGUCAGCUGGAGCAGCGGAGGAGAAAACUGGAGGAGCAGCGGCUGAAGGCCGAGAGACGUCGAUCACUGCUGGAGGAGAAGCAGAGACAGAAACUAGAGAAGAACAAGGAGAGGUACGAGGCCGCCAUCAAGAGGUCAACCAAGAAGACGUGGGCGGAGAUCCGGCAGCAGAGGUGGUCCUGGGCCGGAGGACUCAACCAGACCUCCCGCAGAGAAAGCAGAUGCUCGGCCUCCACGGUCAACUUACCCCGACAGGUGGACCCUGUCAUUAACAACAGACUGUCCAAGUCCUCUGCCACGCUCUGGAACUCCCCCAACAGAACCCGCAGUCUGCGUCUCAGCCCGUGGGAGAGUCGGAUCGUGGAGCGACUCAUGACCCCGACGCUGUCCUUCCUGGCCCGCAGUCGCAGCGCCGCCACCCUCCUGAACAGCAGCGACUCCCGUGACUCCUCCACCAGCCCGCUGAAGUCCUGCUCCCAUCAACACCAGAACUCCGCCGAACGCUGGAGACUUUCGUCCGCCAGUACGCCAGACAUCACUCAACGCCAACGUCAACGGAACUUUACACCGGUUGACAAGAAGAAGAAAGAGAAGAAGGACAAAGAGAGGGAGAAUGAGAAGGAGAAGAACGCUCUGACAAAAGUUCAGAAGAGGAGACAGACAACAUCACCACUUCCUGCCACCACCAGAUCACGGUCGGAGACCAGCACCCCCAAACCCAAGAACAGACCUCCGUCUCCUGCCGCUCCUAAAAGUCGGCCCCUGUCCCCCCUGGUGCCAGCACCAGCUUCAAAGACCGCCACAGGAAAGAAGACUCCUCCACCUGGGUCCAAAACCAGACCCAAACGGGCUCAGACUCCAGCCAGGGUUCAGCCUCAGGCCGUCGCAGCGGUCGCCGUGGAAACGAGCCACGAGACCCAGCAGCCUGAUGUUUCUGAGCAGAAGAAAAACUCCACCAGCGUUCCUGCCAUCACAGUUUCCUCUGCCCCAGUUACACCACCCACCAGCCUGCCGGGGGUAUCAGCAGCUUAUCCUGCCGUACCAAGUGUAGAACCGGCAACCUCAGCUGCUUCUCCUGCAGCAGUGAGCACCGAUCCUGCUCCUUCUGCUCCUUCUGCUGCGGCUCCAUCUCCAGCUCCAGCUCCAUCUCCAGCUCCAUCUCCAGCUCCGGCUGCCUCCACCAACAAACCUUCGGCCGGCACCAACAACCCAGAGGAGGCCGCUCGAGCCUUGGCAGAGAAACGCAGACAAGCCAGGGAGCAGAGGGAGAGGGAGGAGCAGGAGCGCCUGGAACAGGAGCAAAGGAACAAGAUCCUGCGGGAGGAGGCCAUGGCCCGGGAGGCCGAGGAGAGGAAGCGCAGAGAGGAGGAGGCCAAGUUCAUGGCCGAGCAGCAGCGUCUCCGAGAUGACGCCCAGAGAGAGCAGGAGGAGAAGGAGGCGCAGGAGAGAGCCAGAGCUGAGCAGGAGGAGAACGAGAGGCAGCAGAAACAGCGUGAGGAGGCUGAAGCUAAAGCUCGUGAAGAGGCCGAGCGUCAGCGCAUCGAGAGGGAGAAACACUUCCAGAAGGAGGAGCAGGAGAGACUGGAGAGGAAGAAGCGCCUGGAGGAGAUCAUGAAGAGGACACGGAAGAGUGACGCAGGAGAAAAGAAGGAAGUCAAAGUCUCUCCGCAAGUAAAUGGGAAGGAAACAGAGCUCAGUCAAGCUCCUGGAAACCUUCAGACUUCCAGCCCUGCUGCCGUUGUGAACGGCGUCCAGCCCACCUCUCACCAAAACGGCGUGGCGGCCAACGGAGAGUCGUCAGACUUCGACGACAUCAUGAAGCUGAACAAGAACAGCGGCUCUGGUCAACAGCAGCCCAUCCUGCCGUACGAGGGCGGAGAACCGUUUCUGAUGAAGACAGGUCCCAUGAAGUCCCAACACGUGGCAGAGGUCCUCUGAGACCCACACCCACAGAAGGAGUCACUUCCAAUGGCUCUGCCUGAGCUACGAGAUUUCAUACCACACCACAGCGGCUUAAAAAACUGUGUGCCAAACAAACAAACAAAACUGCGCUGAAAUCACCUCGACAUAGACAGUAACUGCCACAGUAGUGAAGAGGAGGAGGAGCAAGAUGAUAAUCUGCCUGGAUUGAGAAAGUGCUCAUUCAAAUUAACCAUACACAGUAUAAAUAUAUAUAUAUAUAAAAUAAUAAAUAAAUAUAUAAAAACAUGCAACAAGUAUUCUGUCUUCACAGCGUGUUCUGGUGCAGCAUUUGUCAGGUUUUAUUAAAAGAAAAAAAUGUCACAAGCAGAUUUUACGGUGCACCUUAAAGAUGACUGACAAUGUAACAAAGUUUUAGAAAACACAUCAUUAAAAAGAACCAGGAAAUGCGUAAUAUUCUGCAAUGGUUGUUAUUAUUACUGUUGUUAUGAUAUUGUUAUUGUAAUCUUAUGUUGAAGAUGUUUGUGCGUGUGUGUGCGCGUGUUUGUUGUUUUUGUGUUGGAUUACUGAGUUAUUUAACAUACAGAGAGACUGGCCACAGGACAGUGUAUGUAAAUGUAUUAUGAGCCUGGCUGCCUCGGCCUCCUGAUGCAGGAGAUCUGUGAAAUAAAGCUUUAUGAAAGGGAAA